AGAAAAUCCGGCAGGUUUCUGUCUAAAACGUAUACAAGAGGAAACUUAUUUUUCUUACUCUUUUCACGGCAGUAAAACCUAGUAGAGUAAUUAAGACGGCUGGGCACAUCUGUCGGAACUGAAAAGAACAUUUACUUAAGCCACCGGAGGAGCACGCGUGAGGAGACACCGCUGCGGGAUCCGGCUUCCUGGCGUUCCCGGCUGAGCAUGUCUGUGAAAUUUGAAACUUACGUGGAUCAGGCAUGUAAAACUGCUGAGGAAUUUGCCAAUAUUUACUAUGAAACAAUGGACAAGAGAAGACAAAUUCUUCCCAAGCUGUAUCUGGACACUGCUACUUUAAUUUGGAAUGGUAAUGUUGUUAUGGGGCUGGAUGCCCUAAAUAAUUUCUUUGCGACAUUGCCUUCUAGUGACUUCCAGGUCACUCUUUUGGAUUGCCAACCAGUUCAUGAGCAGGCUACCCAGUCUCAGAGUACAGUUCUUGUUGUAACCAGCGGAACUGUGAAGUUUGAUGGAAACAAGGAACACUACUUCAAUCAGAACUUCCUUCUGACUGCUCAGACCGUGCUUGGAAGCACUGUGUGGAAGAUUGCAAGCGACUGCUUCCGUUUCCAAGAUUGAGCUAUUGACAGAAAAAAUUAUUCUAUGGUCCAUUAGUUCCAGCAAAAUAAGUCUAUGUAAAUUUAUGUAUUUCAUUAUAAAAGCACUAUAAAAUAUUAUGUAGUAAAACAGUUUAUUUACUUUUUAAAAUUCCUACCAGCAUGUUUUCUAGCAGCUGCCAGGUUGGAUUAUUGCCCUUAAGAGCUUUAAUACUAGUUUAUAUGCUUUAUAUGUAGUUGCAUGUAUAGAUAAAUAAACAUUCCAUGAAUACCCUUCUUAAA